AGCCCCUUCCUGCCCGACGAGGCUCACGCACCGACUCAGGCCGGACUCGUCGCGGCGGCGGUUGAGACCCGAGCUCGCACAGCAGGCUCUCAGAUGGGUCAGGGACUCUGGAGAGUUGCUAGGAACCAGCAACUGCAACACCAAGGAUACAGUGGACAAGGCUAUCUUACCAGAGAACAUGGUAGGAGGAUAGCCUCUAACAAUGUUUCCAAUACAAGCCAUCGCAAACAAGCCCAAGGAGGCAUUGACAUCUACCACCUGUUGAAGACAAGAAAAUCUAAAGAACAAGAAGGAUUCAUUAACCUGGAAAUGCUGCCACCAGAGCUUAGUUUUACCAUUUUGUCAUACCUGAAUGCAACUGAUCUCUGUCUAGCUUCAUGUGUCUGGCAGGAUCUUGCUAAUGAUGAGCUUCUCUGGCAAGGGUUGUGCAAAUCCACUUGGGGUCACUGUUCUAUAUACAAUAAGAAUCCACCUCUAGGAUUUUCUUUUAGAAAAUUGUAUAUGCAGCUAGAUGAGGGCAGUCUCACCUUUAAUGCCAACCCUGAUGAGGGAGUCAACUACUUUAUGUCCAAGGGUAUACUAGAUGAUUCACCGAAAGAAAUAGCUAAGUUUAUCUUUUGCACAAGAACACUAAAUUGGAAGAAGCUGAGAAUCUACCUUGAUGAAAGGCGAGAUGUUUUGGAUGACCUUGUGACGCUGCACAACUUCAGAAAUCAGUUCUUGCCAAAUGCACUGAGAGAGUUCUUCAGACACAUUCAUGCUCCUGAGGAGCGUGGGGAGUACCUUGAGACUCUUAUAACAAAGUUCUCUCACAGAUUCUGUGCUUGUAACCCUGAUUUGAUGAGAGAGCUCGGCCUUAGCCCUGAUGCAGUUUAUGUACUGUGUUACUCUUUGAUUCUACUUUCCAUUGAUCUAACAAGCCCUCACGUGAAGAACAAAAUGUCAAAGAGGGAAUUCAUCCGAAAUACACGACGAGCUGCACAGAAUAUUAGUGAAGAUUUUGUAGGGCACCUUUAUGACAACAUCUACCUUAUUGGCCAUGUGGCUGCCUAAAAGCACAAUUUGCUAGCACUUAAAAUUUGUAAUUUUCAAAAACUACAUCAAUUCAAGAAAUUAAUUACUUUGUAGAGAUGGGGGUUAUUUUAGUGCUGGUCAUUCUAACCUCUGUAUGCAAUCAAAGUUUGUGUGUGUAAGUGUGUGUAUGUGUAAACUACCUUUUCUAUCUAUUUACCGUAGGAGCGGAAGGAUUUGGAGAUUUGUUUUUCAUAAUUUUUUUUAGUUAUGCACAAAACAAUGCCAUUAGUCUGACACAGCCAUUUACAAAUGUUAAACUGACAUUACGGUCUAAGCUGACAAAGUGGUACAUUUGUGCGUUAGAUCUGCUUGAAACUUUAAUAAGUUCAU